CUGUUCAUUACACCUCCCACGUACACCAUUCCUAACAUCAUGGCGGCAGGUUUGAUUUCUGAAGAUGAAUUCCUGUACUUUACCCAACAUUUCUUGUCUUUGAAUGCAAAGAAUCGAGAUACCUGGGAACUAAGAGAAUCUAUAGGUGACAAGAAGAAGGUUUACCUGUACAAGCGGGUCAGUGUUGUGGACAAACCUGGAACUGACCAAUCAUGUAGGCCAUUUAUUCCUGAUGAGAUUACUACAGUAGAGGAGGAAGAUAGUGGCCGUCUAGAAUCAGGGACAGAUAGCUCUACCUUAUCUCCCAGCGGGGAGACUACUAGUGACAUCACAGUACCUGUUCACUUAGCCUACGAGUAUCAUGUGGUAUACAGCCAAAGUUACAACGUACCUGUCCUUUAUUUCAACGUAUAUAAAGCUGAUGGCAGUUUACUGAGCCUAGAGGAGGUAUGGGAUCGUGUACCAGACGUGUACCGGGAUCGACUACAACACGACAGAUGGACCUUCCUUACACAACAGGAACAUCCAAUCUUGGGGAGACCAUACUUCCAGCUCCAUCCAUGUCACACUGCAGAUCUAAUGGAACAGGUGACAGGUCUAUCUUCUCCAGGACAGAACAGUAACUACAUUGUUGCCUGGCUGAGUGCUGUCGGACCUGUAGUUGGCCUUGACCUACCCUUGACCUAUGCUCAAAUGACCGUGGAGAAACCGCCAUGAACCUGUCUUUUUAAUUGAUGACCCAUAAUUGAAGUAAUUGAUAUUAUGACCAGUAACAGAUGUGAUCUAACCAUACAUGGACUUUGAACAUGGUCAAAAAGGACAUCAGUGUUGGAAAGGUGUCAAAAUUUUAUCAUCAACGUUCAGUUUGAUUUGAAAGUGCUAACCAAUCAAUUUUCAAUUAAUUUGGCUUGAAUUCACCUUAUUAUAAGAAAUGCAUGAUGAAUUUUAACUGUUUCUGAAAAUAUUGCAUCAGGAAUAGGCGAGGCAAAAUUUUUACCUAACUAUUAUGGCAUUUCAUAAUCGCCUCCAAUGAAAUUGUUGCCAAAAUUUCAAUUAUUUUUAGAUCCAUCACUAACACAGCCCUGUUACCUGUAGGUAAAAUGUGAAAAUCACUGGAUCAGUAUAAGGUUCUAUUGUUGUGCCAUUUCAGAUUGCAUUAAUAAAUAUUUUUCACAUCGUUAAGAUUUUCAAUAUUAUAUAGCUGUGAUAUAUACGUUUGUUUUUUCCUAAGUAUUGUUAUUGUUGGAUUGUGUUCAUGUCUUAUAUUUACAAAAUAUUAUAUAAA